ACAUUAUUAUUAUUAUUUUUUAUAUGGCCAAUUCAGAAAUCUGCUCUCUAAAGGUCUUUCCAACUAUAAACAGUCAUAAAUCUGUCACUCUCUUCGGCUCAGGGUCACCGGAAGUGAACUCACUGAAAGGAGGGGGGGCUCUUCCGGGAGGACGUGGAGGAGGCACCGCCCAAUGGCCGCCUUUCCACAUUUGGCGCCAAAUCGCGAGGCUGGGGGCGGGGCCAAGGUGGGAAUACUGGCCUCUCUGCGCCUGUGCGCGUCAAGCUCUCGCGGGAGGAAGCUAAGCGCGGGACGCGCGGUAUUCCGGUUUCCCUAGUCGGUCGCAGUCUGGCAGAGCCUCGGUGAGGGGUGGGUCGGAUACGCAGGAACAAUGGAACCAGAGGAGAACAAUUUGCUGGAUCUUCCUGAUUAUGAGGCGGUAGAAGAUGAAACUUUCCAACCUUUUCCACCACCAGCCUCUCCAGGAAGGGAUGAUGCUGGAGAAAAUGAGCCCACCACAGAUACAAGGAGGGAUCAGAUGGGAGAUAUGCCUGUAGCUACAAAGAAAACUGUAAAAAGGAAUUUGCCUAAGUUAGAUGCUCAGAGAUUAAUUUCAGAAAGAGGACUUCCAGCAUUAAGGCAUGUGUUUGAUAAGGUAAAAUUCAAAGGUAAAGGCCAUGAGGCUGAAGAUUUGAAGACAUUAAUCAGACACAUGGAGCACUGGGCACAUAGGCUAUUCCCUAAACUGCAGUUUGAGGAUUUUAUUGGUAGAGUAGAACAUUUGGGAAAUAAGAAGGAAGUUCAGACAUGCUUAAAACGAAUUCGACUUGAUCUUCCUAUUGUACAUGAGGAUUUUAUUAGUAAUGAUGGUGAUAAAGCAGAAGGUAAUGGACUAGACACAACUACCACAGACUUUGAUUCCUUGUUUGCAAAUCCAAAUGAUAGAGAGAUAUUUGCUUCUCAGUCAAGCACAAAUUUAACGGAGGAGCAACGGCAAAGAAUUGAGAAGAACAAACAACUAGCCUUGGAAAGGAGACAGGCAAAACUGUUAAAUAACAGUCAGUCCCAAGAAAAUGAUUUGUCAGUUAUCGUGCCCAGGACACAGGCAUCUGAGAAUAAUACAAAUGAAGCUCAAGAAGAGAACUUAAAUGAAUUAAAUGAAGAAAAUCUAGACAUCUCAGACAGUGUUGCCAGUACUGCAAAUAUACAUGAUGACUUAGAAAACUCAGGAGGAGAUGAAGCCAUUUAAAAUAUGCAACGAUGACUAGCCAGCAAAGCUUUUAUUUAAGAGCACUUAAGUGCCAACAAUGGGUUGCCCCAUUCAGAAAUAUGUAUUAGCCUCAGUUAAGACUAAAAAAAAGUCUUAAUAUUAUUAAUAGCUUAGUAAAGAUUUAUUGUAUUUUUUUUUCAUAGUAGGUGAAAAUAUUUAAGUGGCUAACUUUAUUAGCUUUUUAAAGAUCUGACCCACUUGUUUAUAUUUGUCCCUUUUAUUUAUUUAUAUUAGCCUAAGUUGUCACAGCUUCCAUAGAUUCUUCUCCUUGUCUUUUUAUACAAACAGAUCUUUUGACAGGUAACUUCUGCUGCUAGUAUACAGCUUAAGAGUCCUGUUUUAAUAAAAAGUGCUUAAAUUUUAAGAUAUAAAAAUGAUUGUACACUAAUAUCAGUCUGUUUUUUUGUAAAAUGUGAAUAAAAGCUCUUUUACAGA